CUCAUAAAAAAAAAACCUUAUAUUAUUAAACUCCUUUUUAAUAAUUUCGUUUUUUCCUACUACUACCUACUGAAUAAAUAUUCAAUAUGGCCGCUUCCGUCGACAACCGCCCAUACACUCCUCUCCAACACGACGUCGUUCGCACCUUCAAUCUACCCAAUAAGUCACCCGAACCGUCCUUCGUAUCAGAUUCCUCAAGCGAAGACGACGAUAACGUCAUUAUUGCCAACUUAAAAGACAUGAUUCGAGAGGGAACCAUGGAAGUGGAACCCUCCAUCUUCGACCCACGAGAUGAUGGAACCUCCGACCAAUGGAUCCAACGGAACACUUCCCUGGUCCGUCUCACAGGUAAGCAUCCCUUCAACUCCGAACCACCACUCCCAAGCCUCAUGCGCCAUGGCUUCAUCACCCCCGUUCCACUCCACUACGUCCGUAACCACGGACUCGUUCCCAGAGCACGUUGGGAGGACUGGACCGUCGAGGUAUCCGGCCUAGUGAACCGUCCCUCCCGGUUCACCAUGGACCAGCUGGUUCACGAUUUCCGAAACCGCGAGUUCCCCGUUACCCUUGUCUGCGCUGGGAACCGCCGCAAGGAACAGAACAUGGUGAAGCAGAGCAUCGGGUUCAAUUGGGGCGCUGCUGCCAUCUCCACUUCGGUGUGGCGUGGUGUACCGUUGAGGAGCGUGCUCAAGCGGUGUGGGAUCUUUACUCGCUCAAAGGGAGCCCUCCACGUGUGCUUCGAAGGAGACGAGGAUCUGCCAGGUGGAGGUGGGUCCAAGUAUGGAACCAGUAUCCUGAGGGAGAUUGCACUGGAUCCCUCCCGCGACAUCAUCUUAGCUUUCAUGCAAAACGGUGAGCAUUUGGCCCCAGAUCACGGCUUCCCCGUACGGUUGAUAAUACCGGGUUUCAUUGGUGGCCGCAUGGUGAAAUGGUUGAAACGCAUCGUUGUAACUACCCAGCAAUCUGACAGUUUUUACCAUUACAAGGAUAACAGAGUACUCCCCUCCCACGUUGACGCCGAGCUUGCCAAUGCCGAAGGUUGGUGGUACAAGCCAGAGUAUAUUAUCAACGAUCUUAACAUAAACUCGGUAAUAACCACUCCCUGCCACGAUGAGAUCUUGCCCAUCAACUCAUGGACUACUCAGACACCUUAUGUACUCAGAGGUUACGCAUAUUCCGGGGCUGGGAGAAAGGUGACACGUGUUGAGGUGACACUGGACGGUGGUGAUACGUGGCAAGUAUGCGCGUUAGACCAUCCGGAGAAACCCAACAAAUACGGUAAAUACUGGUGCUGGUGCUUCUGGUUCUUGGAGUUGGAGAUAUUGGACCUGCUUGGGGCCAAGGAGAUUGCGGUGCGCGCUUGGGACGACGCCCUCAACACCCAGCCCGAGAAGCUCAUUUGGAAUGUUAUGGGCAUGAUGAACAACUGUUGGUUCAGAGUGAAAACGAACGUGUGCAAGCCCCAUAAGGGUGAGAUUGGCAUAGUGUUCGAGCACCCAACCCAACCUGGCAACCAAUCUGGAGGUUGGAUGGCAAAAGAAAAACACCUCGAGAAAUCAUCAGUUUCUAACACAACCCUCAAGAAGAGUGUCUCCUCGCCGUUCAUGAACACAACCUCAAAAAUGUACACCAUCUCUGAAGUCAAAAAGCACAGCAACCCCGAUUCAGGUUGGAUCAUCGUAAACGGCCACGUGUACGAUUGCACCCGCUUCCUUAAAGACCAUCCCGGCGGCACCGACAGCAUCCUCAUCAACGCCGGCACCGAUUGCACGGAGGAGUUCGAAGCCAUCCACUCCGACAAAGCCAAGAAAAUGCUCGAGGAUUACCGAAUCGGCGAGCUCGUGACCAGCGUCGACACCUCUGAUUCGUCGGCGAAUAACUCCAUGCAUGGCAAUUCCGAAACCACUCAUUUGGCCCCCAUCGAGGAAGUUACACCACUAGGUAGCAUGGCUCUUAACCCACGUGAGAAAAUCCCAUGCAAGCUCGUGUCCAAAACGACGAUCUCCCACGACGUUAGGCUCUUCCGUUUUGCAUUACCCUCAGAGGAGCAACUCAUGGGUUUGCCAGUAGGGAAGCACAUAUUCUUAUGUGCAAGCAUUGACAAGAAGCUUUGCAUGCGAGCUUACACUCCAACGAGCGGCGUCGAUGAAGUGGGUUACUUCGAUCUAGUGGUCAAGAUUUACUUCAAAGGUGUGCACCCAAAGUUCCCAAAUGGUGGGGUCAUGUCUCAACACUUGGACUCGCUUCCUAUUGGCUCUGUCUUGGACGUGAAGGGUCCACUAGGCCACAUAGAGUACACUGGUAAAGGCAACUUUCUUGUUCACGGGAAACGCAAGUUUGCAAAGAGGCUAGCUAUGUUGGCUGGUGGGACUGGGAUCACACCCAUUUACCAAGUGGUCCAAGCCAUUCUUAAGGAUCCAGAGGACCCCACUGAAAUGCAUGUGGUGUACGCGAACCGGACCGAGGAUGAUAUUUUGCUGAGGGAAGAGCUCGAUGCGUGGGCUAAGAAGCAUGACCGGUUCAAGGUAUGGUACGUGGUACAAGAAAGCAUAAGAGAAGGGUGGGAAUACAGCGUGGGGUUCGUAACGGAAAGUAUCCUCAAAGAGCAUGUUCCACGGGCAUCUCAGGAUACUUUGGCUUUGACAUGUGGACCACCUCCCAUGAUUCAGUUUGCAGUGCAGCCGAAUUUGGAGAAGUUGGGCUAUGACAUCAAGAACAACUUGGUCGUGUUUUAGACUUUUAGGUCUUUGACUAUUAGGUUGUAUUUGUGGGUUUACGACAAAAAAAAAAAAUGUAAAUUUCAAAAAAAUCCACCUGUUUAAAUCGUUAACCAAAUAUUUUACCGGACUAAUGUAAAAAACGUAU